AUGAAAAACGUGAUCAAAGCUGUGAAGAAACUCAGGUAUUGGGCCAAAAAGAAAAGGAAGAAGAGGCUUGAGCAUGGGCAUGAGCAUGAACCACACUACUGUUGCUGCUCUUGUUCCUCAUCCAACACCCAGCCAUCAGCUCCACCCUUACCUUCUUCAUGGCUUCAUGUGGAAGAACACAGCUAUGGCACAUUCUUGCCGGAGCCGAAAGUAGCUCAACUCCAAGAUUCUAGCCCAGUCAGCUGCACCUCAAACUCAUCAUCAUACCACCAAUAUAUGGUAUCAGUCUCAGAACCUGUUUAUGGCAUUCCAGUCCCAGUUAGUCAUACAGCUGCAAGAGGAAAAACAGAAAGAGAAAGAUCAACUGGUCAAUUUGGAUGUGUUUUUAGCUUUGGUUCUUAUUUGUUUCGCUGCCUGUUUCCAUGUUUUCACACCAGAGAAGUAGUUUGA